GAUCAGUUGGGGGUUGUGAGGAGGAGGGCGAGCGAUGACGCGGGCCCCUCACGUGACCCGGAGCUGCAGAGCGACGCAGCCUUGGGUGCAGUCGUCACUCGCGUCUGGCUACCAGCUCCCCGCUGCCCUGCGAGCGUCGGGCUGGCAUUUGGCCCAGGGCAAGCGGAGCAGUUCGGUGUGGCACUGUUUGUGGUGAGGCGAGGGAAAUACGGAGACGUAGACAAGAGAACCGCACAGGAUCUAUGGAGGGCUUCUCAUGUUUGAAGUAGGAUUUUUUACCCCUGGAAGGAAAGGAAAGAGGGGGAGACUGUUUUGAAACUAUGGAGGUUGGUAUGAAGAUCCUCCUGCAUGUCUGCUUCAGAGUCUGAGAUUAUGGAAGCAAAGAAGCAAAGAGGAAAUUAUCUCUGAUCAGAAUAACUGGUCUAAAGAUCUCAUGACUUUAUAUACUUUAGGGUGCUUCACCAAGCAAAAGAAGGAUAGAAGAGGGAACUUCAUUUAUUCCAGGUCUACUUCCAGUGGCAUCUCUACUGGCCUUUAAGUGGUUAAACACCAUUGCCCAGACACACCAUCCUCUUUCCUAGCCUGAGUGAGCCCUCCUAUACAGUGUUCGAGCCUUCAUCAGGGGUGAUUACAUGGGCCGUGUUCAGGAUGUGGGCUGGGCGACUGCAGGACUGGUGAUCUGGGCUGGCACCUGCUACUGCAUUUACAGAUUAACCAAGGGAAGAGCUCAGAGUGUGAGCAGCCUUGCCAGAAAUGGGUCUGGAUUCGAGACGGAGACUAUGGUUGGGGAACAGAACCAGACCUUGGCCACAAGUGACACCAUGGCUGAAGGAGAGACUGAGACUAGAGCCAAGACUGAACCAGAAACUGGAGAAGGAGGUGAGCCUGUGGCUGAAGUAGACACCAAGGUCCCUGUUCUAGUUAGACCCAAUGUCAACAGUCAGACCAAAGCAUUGCUUGAGAAAGAGUUAGAAACCCAAUUUGAGACCAGUUCAUUGGUGGAAACAAUGGUCAUGACAGAGCCAGUGACUGUGACUGAAGCCACAGCCAAAUCCAAGGAAGUAACCAUGAAAGAGGCAGUAACACAAACUGAUGAUGAGGCUGUGGCAGUAGGCAAGAAAGAAGCAGUAACUCAGACGAAAGCUAAAGCUUGGGCAAUGGCUGACAGGGAAGAGGUCAAGAAAGAAGCAAUGACCCAGACCAAAGCAGAAGUUUAUACAUUGGCUGAAAAAGAGACAGAGAUUAACAGAGUAACAGUGACACAGAGUGAGGUACUGGCAGUGACCAAGGAAGUAGUCAAGAUUGGAACCAUGAAUGAGACUGGAAUUGUGGCUGAAGCCACAAUAAGAGCACUAGAAGAGUCUGUCAGUGUGACAAGGACUCAAUCUGAGGUUAGGCUUGGUACCACAGUUGAUACUAAUGAAAAUCCCAAUGAAAUGGCUGUUAUAGUGGCUGGAGUGGACGUGAAAUCCUAUGCACAGCCACAGGCUGUGACCAUAGUCCAAAAUGAUGACUUGAUCAGUGCUGAGGUUGACAACGACAAAGGGAAUCUCAAAAAUGUGUUUAAGUCAGGGUCUGGGACAGAUACAAAGGUUUCUGGUCAUCCUCAUAUUGUUGCCAAUAUUCUGGCUGAAGCUGUGCCAGGGGCAAAGAAUGAUGUUUGGGAUAACACAAAUGACAUUUAUGAAGCAGAGACAGAGAUAAGAACUUGUAUAAUACAACCUGAGACUGUGUUCAAGAUAGAGGCUGAGGCGACAUCUGCUGCCACAAUUGAUGGUCGGGAAGAUGCCAGUGUUAUAUUUAAGGCAAUGACUGUUGCUGAUAUAACUGAUACUCAGCCUCAAACUAUAAGCAGUGCUCAGACUGAAGCCAUGCCUGAUGCCAAGGGUAAGGGUAAAGCCAGUGCCAUGGCUAAAGCAGGGGCCAAGGCAAAUACCAAAACCAAUUUUCAGGCUGAUGCCUUGCCUGAUACCGGGGAAAACAGAAGUGAUACCAGUGUCGUGGCAAAGGCAGAGGCUAGUACAGAAAUGGUUUUCUGUGCCCAGUCUGAGCCUGUCACCGGUGUCCAGGGUGAUGACUUGCCUGAUGGCAAAAUCAAGGCUAAGGACAAUGCCAAUACCAUAUCUAAGGAAGGAGCUCAGGCUAUGGCCCAGAGCCAGAGUGAAGCCUUACCUAAUACUAAAGGUAAGGCUAGAGGCAAAGCCAAAGCUAAGUGUAAGGCAGGAGCUGGGAUAGAUACGAAAACUUGUGCACAGCCUCAGGCUGCGACCAAAACUCAGGCUGAGGUCUCGUCUGAUUCCAAAAUUGAUAGCAAAAGUGAUUCUAAUGCCGUUUCUAAAGCUGGGGUAAAGGCAGACCAGAAAGCCGGUGGUCAACCACAGCCUGUGGUCAAUUACCAAAAUGAGGCCUUGCCUGGUACUAAGUUUAAGGUCAAGGGCAAUCCAAAUCCUGUGCCUAAGGCAGAGGCUGGGACAACUACAACAGGCUCUGCCCAGACAGCAGGCUCUGCCCAGACUAAUGCUGUGGCCAGUUCCCAGGGUGAGACCACACCUGGUGCCAAGAAUAAGGCCAAGGGUAAUCGUAAUUCUGUGCCUAAAGCAGGGGCUGGGCCAGAUACAACAGGUUCUGCCCAGUCCCAGACUGUAGCCAGUUCCCAGAGUGAAGCCUUACCUGCUGCCAAGAAUAAAGUUAAGAGCAAUCCCAAUGUUGUGCCUAAGGCAGAGGCUGGGUUGGGUACCUGUCCCCAGUCUGUGGCCAUUUCCCAGGGUAUUGCCUUGACUGGUACCAAGACUAAGGUCAAGGGCAAUUCUAGUUCUGUGUGUAAGCCAGAUACUGGGGCAGGUACAACGGGCUCUGCCCAUGCCAAGGCUGUGCCUAAUACACAGGGUGAAAUCUUACCUGGUCCCAAGAAUAAGGUCAAAGGCAAUUCCAGUGCUGUGCCUAAGGCAGAAGCUGGGGCAGGUACAACAGAUUCUACUCAGCCCCAGGCUGAGGCCUUGCUUGGUGCAAGAAAUAAGGUCAGGGGCAAUUCCAGUUCUGUGCCUAAGGUGGAGUCUGGGGCAAGUACAAUAUUGGCUUUGGCUUCUUCCCAGGCUGAGGCCUUGCUUGGUGCCAGAAAUAAGGCCAGAAGCAAUUCCAACACUGUGCCUAAGGCAGAGGCUGGGGUAGGAUCAAGGGGCUCUGCCCAGGCCCAGGCUGUGGUCAGUUCCCAGAAUGAGACCUUGCUUGGUGCCAGGAAUAAGAUUAGGUCAAAUGCUGGUACUAAAUCAGGAGCCAGAACAGGUACAAGGAGCUCUACUCAGCCCCAGGCUAUGGUCAGUUCUCAGAAUGAAGCCUUGCCUGGGGCAAGGGAUAAGGGUCUGUCUGGUUCUCAGGUAGAAGCUACUGCAGAAAAUAAGAUCUAUGCAAAGCCAGUAGCAGGGGCUAUCCCCAGUUCUGAAAUUGUGAGUGGGGCAAGUGCUCAGCCUAACAUUCAUGAUUAUUACUGGAAUGGGAUUGGUGUUGAGGACUGGAUUGCUGCUGAGCGGUGGAUCAAAUUUAGGUUUCAGACCAUAGAUGGAGACUGGGAGAAUAGUGUAUCCUGGACUGAUGACGAGACUGGAGUCAGUGUUGGGCCCUGGAGUGGGGCUAAUGAUAAGCCUGGUGUUGUUAGUUCCUGGGCUGUAGCUUGUGAUGAAACUAGCAUUAAGUCCUGGACUGGAGCUAGGACUGAGAAUGAUGUUGCUCUUGGGUCCUGGGUAAGUGCUGGUGACCAGGCCAGUGGAGGACUCUGGGCAGGAGCUCAGGCUACUGAGGGGGCCUGGGUUGGGGACAAGGCCAGUGGAGCUUCCUGGACUGGGGCUGAGAACCAGAUCACUGCAGGUUCUUGGGUUGUCUCUGGAAAUCAAGCCAUUGCAGGGCCAUGGGCUGUGAGUCAGGUCAGUGAUGGGUCAUGGCCUGCAGUCCAGGCUAGUGGAGUGUCCUGGGUUGUGGACCAGGCUACUGGGACCUGGACUGUGGCUGAGAACCAGACUGGUGCAGUGUCUUGGACUGGAGCUGGCAAUAUAGUUAGCAUUGGAUACUGGACUGGGGCAGUAGACCAGACCAACGCAGUGUCCUGGACAGGAACUAGUGAGCAGGCUGGUGUUGAGACUAAGCCAAGGUUUGAAGACCAGGCCAGUGAAAAGGGAUCUUGGGCUGUAGCUGGUGUCCAGACUAGUAGAGACUCCAGGUUGGGAUCUGAGGAUCAGCACAGUGGAAGGUCAUGGGCUGAGACUGCAGACCAAGCCAGUGCAGCAUCCAGGAUCGGAACUGUAGAUCCCUCUGGUGGCACAACCUGGGUCAGCACUGGGGACCAGGCUGGUGGAGGAUCUACAUCAGGAUCUGCAGACCAGUCUAGUGGUGGAUCAUGGGCUGGCACUCAGAAUGUGGCUGCAGAAAGACCUUGGACUGGGACUGGUGACCAGUCUGAUGCUGGAUCCAAACCUGGUUUUGAGAAUCAGACCAGUGACGAAGUGUCUUGGACUGGCACUAAUGGCCAGACUAGUGGAGGGUCCAAAUCAGUGCCUGAGGAUCAGUCUGCUGGAAGAUCAUGGGCAGAUUCUGGAGACCAAGUCAGUGGAGGGCUCUUGGUUGGGGCUUUGGACCAGGCCAAAGGAGAGUCUCAUCCUGUCUCUGGAGAACUGGCUACUAGUAGAGUAGAUCAGACCAGUGGAGGAGGAUGCUGGCCUAGUUCUGGGGACCAGUCUGGUGGAGAAUCUAGGCUGGGGCCCAGGGACCAAUCUAAUGGAGAGUCUUGGCCUGGCACUGGAAAUCAGACCAGUGGAUGGUUCUGUAAUUACACUGGGAGUCAGACCAUUGGAGGAGGAGCUUGGAGUGGGGCCAGUGGUCAGGAUGUUGGAAGGUCGAAGUCAGUGCACAUGAACCAGUCUAGUACUGGGGCUUGGCUUGGCACUGGGACUCAGAUCAGUGGAGCAUCCUGGACUGGUGAUCAGGUUGGUGGCUGUUCCAAACCUGGAUUUGAGGAUCAGACCACUGGAGGAGGAUUUUGGCCUGGUGCUGGUGACCAGAGCACUGGAGGGUCCAGGCCAGCUGUGUCUGAGGAUCAGUCUAGUGGAGGAGUUCCCUGGGGUGGUACUGGUGGCCAUGUCAUUGGAGGGUCUGGAUCAUGUCACACUGAUCCAUCCAGUGUAGGGUCCUGGGCUGACAAUGGGAGUCAGGUCAGUGGAGGGUCCUGGGUUGGGCCUGUGGAUCAGACUAGUGGCUGUUCUAAAUCUGGAUAUGAAGAUCAGGCAUGUGGAGGAAGCUCUUGGCCUGGUACUGGAGAUCAGACUAGUGGAGAAUCUUGGCCAGGGUCUACGGCUAGUAACGAAGCCAGUGGAGGAUCUAGGGUAGAUCCUCAAGAUCAGGCUAGCGGAGGGUCCUGGAUUAGGUCUGAGGAUCAGGCCAGUGGAAGAUUCCUUGUCAGUGCUGAGGUGGAGGCCAAUGAAGGAUUUUGGUUUGGGCCUGGGAGUGAGGCAUUUAUAGGGUCUUGGUGCUGGACAGAAGAGGCUACUAUUUUGCCUGUAGCUAAUAUGAAAGAUGAGGCCAGUAAUGAAUCUGCAUCAGGGACUAGGGAGGAAACCAUCACUAGUUCUGGCUUGGGGGAUGAAAAGAAGACCAGUACUGGAUCCUGGACUAGAUCUGAGGAUUCAGCUCUUACAGGCACCUGUGUUGGGGGUGAGGCUGAGACUGCGGUUGUUGCUGAGGCUGAGGCUGAGACAGAGUCUAAGGCUAGAGCUGAGGCUGGAGCUGAGACAGAGGUUGAAGUUGAGGUGGGAGUGGGGUCUAGGUCUAAGGCUGGGGCAGCAGCUUCAGUUGAUGCUGAAUCUGGAGCUGAGGCAGGUGCUAGAAUUGAGGAAAUGGCCGGGACUGAAGACGGAAUGGGGUUUUGGUCCUGGGGGGGUGGAGAUGGUGCCACUAAAAGUCUUGGAGCCAAGGCUGAGACUGGAAUUGGGGGAGGGGCAGAGGCUGAAGCUGAGACUGAGAAUAGCAUGGGAUUUUGGUUCUGGAAUGGAGAUGCAGCUACAAAAGAGUCUAAGCUUGGAGCUGAGGCUGAGGCUGGAACUGGGGCAGCGACAGUGACAGGGGCAGGGGUGGGAUCAGGGGCAGAGGCUGAAGCUGUGACUGAGACCAGCAUGGGAUUUUGGUUCUGGGAUGGAGAUACAACCACUAAAGGGUCUAGGCUUGGGGUUGAGGCUGAGGCUGGAGUUAGAGCAGGGGCUGAGGCUGAGGUUGAAGCUGAGACUGGGGCUGAAGCUGGAGCAGAGACCAGCAUGGAAUUUUGGUCCUGGGAUGGAAACGAAGCAAGUAAAAGGUCUAAGCUUGGGGCAGAGGCUGAGGCUGGUGCUGGUGCUGGUGCUGGUGCUGGUGCUGGUGCUGAAACCAGCAUGGGGUUUUGGUUUUGGAAUGAAGACUCAACCUCUAAAGGGUGUAGGCUUGGUGCUGAGGCUGGGGCUGGCUUAUCGUCUUGGACUUUUUCUACAGAUGUAAAUGAUGAUGAUGAGGCGGAUGAGGGUGAUGAGGAGGAUGAGCUAAGUAGAGAAUCCAGCCCUGGUAUAGAAGAGAUCAGUCUAAGAACCCUGUUUGGGGCCAAGAGUGAGGACAAUAGUGACCUCAGAUCUACAAAUAAAAAGGAUGUCAAUUCUGCAUCUGGAACUGGGGAUAAGGUCAGCACUAAAGAUAAAUUUGGCCCUGCUGAUGGAGUUGACAUCCGGUCUUGGUUUUGUAUUGUUAAUGAAAACAGAUGUGAGAAUGAGUCUACCUCUCAGGUGAAAGCCAAAAAGUCAGUAGAAUCAAGAGGCAUAUAUCCAUCCAUGGUCCCUGGGGCAGGAAUGGGUGUAUGGGAUGGAACCAUCAUUUGUUCAGAAAGCAAGCUAUUACACAAAACCAGCUUUCCAGGAGAAGAUGGCUUCGGAAAGCAAGUCAGUACUGGAGACAAGGUGCAUUCCUGCAACUGCCGCUGUAAACGUGAUGUUAAUCUGGAUCCACAAGAUCUUGAAAAACUCAUCUGCAUGAUUGAAAUGACUGAAGAUCCUUCUCUUCAUGAAAUAGCCACUAACGCACUGUAUAAUAGUGCUGAUUAUCCUUAUCCACAGGAAAUUGAUCGGAAUAUAGGUGGAAUUACAGUUAUUCAAAGCUUAUUGAGUAAUCCCUAUCCCAAUGUCCGGCAGAAGGCUUUAAAUGCACUGAAUAACAUCUCAGUUGCUGCUGAAAACCAUAGAAAGGUUAAGACAUAUUUAAGUCAAGUAUGUGAAGAUACUGUUACUUAUCCGUUAAAUUCAAAUGUGCAAGUGGCUGGACUAAGAUUGAUAAGGCAUCUGACUAUUACUAGUGAAUAUCAGCAUAUGGUUACUAAUUAUAUUUCAGAAUUUCUCCGGUUGUUGGCUAUGGGAAGCGGAGAAACUAAAGACCAUGUUUUAGGAAUGCUUGUGAAUUUCUCUAAAAAUCCAUCCAUGACAAAAGACUUGCUCAUUGCCAAUGCACCAACAGCACUGAUCAACAUUUUUAGCAAGAAAGAGACAAAAGAAAAUAUCCUUAAUGCCCUUUUACUUUUUGAAAAUAUAAACCAUCAUUUUAAAAAAAGAGCAAAAACAUAUCCCCAAGACAGGUUCAGUAAAAGUUCCCUUUAUUUCCUGUUUCAACGACCUAAAGCCUGUGCCAAGAAACUUAGAGCCUUAGCAGCAGAUUGUAGUGAUCCAGAGGUGAAAGAAAAAGUUGAGGUGUUAAUAAAUAAACUUUGAUUGGCUAUCUGUUUCCCCCAAAAUUUGAGUAAUAUUUUUGUUUUACAACCUGAA